AGAGAGAGAGAGAGAGAGAGAGACACACACACACACACACACACACACACAGAUAAAGAGACGAGGAGAGAGCGAGCAGACUGAAGCUGAGCAGUGAGCGGGUUGAGCAGCAGGAGUACUUCUGUCCUCGGAGCUGAGGAGGAUCCAGUCUCAAGUGUCACUGAGAGUCUGCAGGACAAGCUGGUUGUCCCAAGAGAAAGAAGAUUAAGAAACAGGAUCUGUCCUCUGAGUGGUUCACCGAGUAUCAUUUAUAAGGACAACAUUUUCAGACUCCAGGAUGAUCUAUCACCUCCCAAUCCAACACAGAGCUUGAAGCGGCUCGGCUCGGUUGAAUAAAUCAUUCUCCCGAAAGAGGAAUAAAGAAGAAGAAGAGGAGGGGGAGGAAAAGUCAGUCUAUCAACAAAAGACAACCAAAAAAGUCUAAAUUGGCGCCUUUUGGGACUAUUGGAUAUAUUGUUCCCUCUGAAAUCCAGAAGAGGACUAAAGAAGGAAAAGUGACGCGAGAAAAAGAAGGAAAGUGGUUACAUCGUAAGAACAACCAAAUGUUGGUGUGUGUUGCUUCCAACAUACGCCAAGAAGAGAAGAGCUACAACAAGAAGGUUAUAUAAAAAGGAAAAUAUAGAAAGAAGAAAAUUAAGAUUGCUCUUUUUUUUCAAAUCCAGAAAAAAGGAGGAAUAAAGCAGAAAAGAGAGAGUUCUUCGAUCAUCCUAUUGCUGAUCGAAGAUGUUGGAGACCAACAUUUGUGUGAACUUCACUCUCUAAAGUCCGGAUAAAGACAGAAGAAAGAAAAAGAAGGAAUAUAAUUAAUGUUCACUUUUUAGUUAGGGAUUUUAAUACAAUGUUGUGAAAGAGGGGGAAGAAAACAAACGAGUCUGAAUUUGAAGUUUGCUGAAAAGUUCAAGGAUCAACCAAAACAGUGAGAAGAAGCUACAGAAUCUCAGAAGAGAAGAGUCCAAAGUAAAGGAAUAAAAAGGAAGCAGAGGAAUAAAGGGAAAAGAGAAAUAUUUCGGAAAAAAGAGGACAAGGAGGUUUCAAGUGGACACAGAGGAGAAAAGGAGUAAUCAAGGCAAAACGAUGAACCAAGAAGAAAAGGAAGAGUAAAUGAAUAGGGAGGACUGAAGAACAGAAGCAGAACAAUAAGGGAAGAAAGGUUUAAAAGGGGAAAAUCAAGAGUUAAAGAACCAGAAGAACCAGAAGAACCCAGGUGUGACAAUGAGGCUCCUGGUGCUUCUUGCAGCUUCUCUCUCCAUCCUCACCCUCCACAUUGCAGCGGUAGCCCCAGCAGAAAGCAUGGCCCCGGGCCGGCUGGAGCGCUGGGUCCGCUCAGGCCUCCAGUCGCUGCAGUGGGACCAGCUUGACCGGUGCCUCCGCAUGUCCUCCCUUUCUGAGGCCGAGUGCAGGCGGAUCGCCCACCUACCGUUGUCCGCGGUGGCAGUUUACGUAUCGGAGCCAUGCACAGCUGCAGGUAAUUCAAACAAAGUUCUGGCCAUCCUGCCCGACUCCUCGGGUGGCUCCAUGAGCUCCAAACCACGGGGAGGUUUCAGCCAGGUGCUGAAUGGAAGGGACGGUCAUCACAGACGCCAGCAGCCUUUCCCUGGUUCAACGGCCCAUGAUGCCGUGCUGGUGCUGGACCCGAGCCCCGGGGAGAACUUUGGACACCCAGUGGUCCUCUUCUAUGUGGAUGUGAAUGUGACGAAGAAGAGAUGCUCCCACCUCGAUGGCAUUUACCUGGGUGAGGAGUGUUUGACUCUGGCUUUGAAGGGUCGCUGUCAGAACCAGCUGAAGCGUCGGCAAGCCGGGCCAGAGAGGCUUAUGGGUAAUGGACAUGGUCGGCUGGCAGGUGGGGCGCUGCGCGGUAGUACCAUUACCACAAGCGGUGGCAGCCGUCUGGUGGAGCGAGCCGUUGGAGGGCUCUGUGAAGUCCACUUCCUUCCACUGGUGGUCGGAGUUGGAGACAGCAACCGAACGCAGAGACUCAGAUGUGUUGAACAUGCAGAGUUUGCAAGGUGCCCUCAGCCACUGCCACUGAGCUCUCCCAGCGUGCCGGUCUCCAGCUGUGAGCUAAAUAAAAACACCAGACGCUGCCACCAGCAGCCGUUGGCCACUCACCUCUCCUGCCGACUCUACCAGACCUGUGACCACUCUGUGCUCAUCUCAGGUGGCUGGCAGCAGCAGAUGACGUUCCAGCGUCAUGUCCAGAAUCUGCAGAGGUUCUACAGAAUGCUGCAGAACAACGGCUUCCACAAAGAACACAUCAAGACCUUCUUCGCCAGCAGUGGGCAGCUUCCUGAGGAUUUAGAGGGUGUGUACUCAGCAACGGAGAAGGCAGUGAUUCGUAACCACGUGUCGUACGUCUGCAGGAAGCAUCACUGCGCCGACACGCUGGUUCUCUACCUGAACUCACCAACACGCAAUGACGGCACAAUGCUGCUGUGGGACGCCAACCUCAACGGCAUUGCUGACCUGAAGGAGAGGUACUCAGUCAACGAGCUGCUGGCCGACCUGGCCGGCUGCAGGGCGACGCGUGUUUUGCUGUUUGUGGAUCAGAGCUACAGUGGCGUUCUGUCCAAGAGGCUGCGGGGGUCCCAGAAACACCUCAAUGUAGUUCUGAUCCAGAGCCAGACACGGCAGACCCACAACCACCAGAGGUUGAACUCUGGCUGGGAGGACAGCGGCUGGUCCUACAUCGGCCCUCAGAGCUGCCUGCUAGACCACCUGGGAAAGGGUACCGGGAUGUCUCGCCUCCUGGAGCCGUGGGCCGGCCUUUUAAACGUGACGCUGGCCGGAGCCCCCUGCAAUGCCACGCCGCCUCUGACGGAUGACGAGAUGCGACGAGAGUACCAGGGCUGCCAGAACCUGCCGACCGCGCUGUGGCACCGGAAACACAAGAGGACCAACUGAGAGAGAGAGAGAGAGAGAGACACUGAGACUGACUGGGAGAGGGAGAGAGAGAGAGAGAGAAAUUAAUUAUGGACACACAGACAGACCACUCACAAGUGUUUGCUUUACAAACAUGCAUAUUUGCAAGUGUGUGUUAACUUAAGACUUUAGUUUCAGUGUGCUUGGUGGACACUGGUGUGAGUGUGUGUGCUUUCUGUCCUAACUAUUCGCCAGUCACCAUGGCGAUGUCAGCUCAUCCCAACGGGAGUGUCCUGAACACCAUGUGAACUGUGUGUGUGUGUGUGUGUGUGUGUGUGUGUGUGUGUGUGUGUGUGUGUGUGUGUGUGUGUGAGUUCAGCAAAAGGACAACCACUCUUGUAGACCAUUGCUAGCUUACGCUUGCGUCAGUGUGUGUGUGUGUGUGUGUGUGUGUGUGUGUGUGUGUGUGUGUGUGUGUGCGUACAUCUCCUGGGCACUUAAAGAUUUCAGAGCCAAUCAUCGUUCUGUAUGUUUUCUGUAUCUUUAUAAGUGUCAUUUCUUCUUCCUUCUUCUCUUCGUUGUUUCCCUCUUCUCUUAAUUAUGUCCUUUGCUUCACCUUUGGUCGGCUACGUUCCUCCCAACCUUUCCUCUCUGGAUGUCCUCCUCUAACCUCCUCUUAUUUCUUCCCCUUCUCCAUGUCUCCUCUUUCUCUCCCUCUCUUCUUUAUUAAAUUUCCUUCUGUCUUUCUUUUAUUGGCAAUCACUUCCUUACUCCGUCCAUCAUUUCUUCCUCUCUUUUCCUUUCCUCUUCCUCGGCCUUUUUGGCUAGAAUAAUUUAGUCACAAGACAUCAGAACUUGCAAAACCCUUAGACAUGAUGUGAGUUUUGUGCAUUUAGAAUCCGUGCACAUGAAAACUCGAAUGAAAACACUACAAUCCUUUAAAAGAAAGCCUCUCAGUUAAAAGGUCCUGAGGUUAAGAUUGACUGACACUACUCUUGGAGAAUGGGGAAACGUCCAAGCAGAACUCUUCUAAAAGAAAUCCCCGAAAUGAACAAUCGGUCAUCCAAACUUGUGUCUCAUUGUGGUUUACACCUCUCUUGAAAACCCAAUCAGCCUGUUUAAUGAUAUUUCAUAUACUCUCACAACUUCAGUUGUCCUUUUUAUAAAGCAUCCAAAAGGAGAAAGGACAUACACCCUUCUAUUCUGCUGUCACUGUCUCAGUGAGGACGGUUACUACUCAACAAGAUUUCAUUUUGCUUGAGGCCGAACAACAGCAGCAGUUUAAUUAUUGUCAAGUCAAAUUAUAUUGGCCAACAGAAAACCUACAAAACAAACCUACUAGACUAAAAUCACAUUCAAGCAAAGUAAUGUCUGAGAUCAGGAAAUUAAUUUAGAAGAUUUAGAGACUUUUAGAGGUUUUUUGUAUUCGUCUUGACCUGAGGAAGCGAGAAAGAGAGAGACACGGACACAGCGAGGAAACAAGAGACAGAAACUGGUUGGCAGUGAUCAUGAUUAAGAUAUGAAGCACUGAGACUGCCCUCACUGCUACACAGACUGGCUAUGGCAUUUUAAUAAGGGCACAACUUAAGUGUGUGUGUGUGUGUGAUGCAUGUGUGUGUGCUCACAUGCACACGUUCUAAUAUUAACCCAUCUCUACACUAACAACGUACAUGUUCUCUGUGAUAUUGUCUGUACAUUACCUCCUGUCCUUUCUCCAUCUGAGUAGUAACCAUGUAUACCACGGCCCCAAUGUACAUGUCGUUCCCUUCCUGCUGUGUUUUGUACUGAUUUCUGUCCCGUUGUACUGAUGUGUCUUACAUUAAAGAUGUGUUUAUUCAAGAGAUGGACGUUGAUUGGGAGAGCAACUUUCCAAAUGCAUGGGACAUUGUGGACAAGAACUAUGUCCAACAAGUUGACAUGUGCAUAUUCACAGUUUGUGUAAUAAUCUGUACAGAGUAUAUCUAGUUGCAUGCAGCAAAUCACAAAAUCUAGUCAAUAAAGUACUUUUAGAAA